UCGCGCGUGUCAUCGCCGGCGGAGAGAAUUCGGGUUCAGCAGCAUCUGCGGAGCGGAGCGGCUGACAGAAACACAGUGUUCAUCAGUUUAAAAAAAAAGAAAAAAGAAAGAAAAAGAAAAUGACCAGGAAUUCGCCCACCGCAACGAUGACCGAACCGGGGUUUUAAACGAACGGAACCUCCUCGGAUUAGYGCCGGAGAAGACCAGACUUCAUUUAUCAAUGAGAUAUUACGAAGAGARGCUCCUCUACGGCUCGCUGCUGAAAAACACAAGAUGAAGAAGCAGUUCAACCGAAUGAGACAGCUCGCCAACCAAACAGUGGGCAGGGCUGAAAAAACAGAAGUAUUGAGUGAAGACCUAUUGCAGGUGGAGAGGCGAUUAGAGCUGGUGAAGCAAGUAUCCCACAGCACACACAAGAAGCUGACAGCCUGUCUGCAGGGACAACAGGGUGUCGACGUGGACAAGAAGUCCGUUAGGUCGCCCUCGAAAAAGCUCCCUCUCACAACGCUCGCACAAUGCAUGGUGGAGGGGGCCGCYGUGCUCGGGGACGAGUCUCUGCUGGGGAAGAUGCUGAAGCUCUGCGGCGAGACGCAGGAACAACUCGCUCAGGAGCUCGUCUCUUUCGAGCUCAUCAUCGAGAAGGAUGUGAUCGAUCCAUUAUCCGAACUCGCCGAGGUAGAAAUCCCAAACAUCCAGAAACAAAGGAAACAUUUAGCAAAACUGGUCCUGGAUAUGGACUCUGCACGCACAAGGUACUACCAGUCCACCAAAUCCUCGGGAAUGUCGAGCAAUCUGCAGCCGACGGGAGCUAAGGCCGACCACCUCAGGGAGGAGAUGGAGGAGGCAGCCAACCGCAUGGAGAUCUGUCGAGACCAGUUAUCCGCAGACAUGUACAGUUUUGUGGCCAAAGAAAUYGACUAUGCAAGCUACUUCCAGACACUGAUAGAAGUCCAGGCCGAGUACCACAGGAGAUCAUUAGAGCUGCUGCAAAGCAUUCUGCCUCAGAUCAAAGCUCAGCAGGAGACCUGGGUGGAGAAACCGUGUUACGGGAAGCCAUUAGAGGAGCACUUAGCACUCAGCGGGAGAGAUAUUGCCUUCCCCAUCGAGGCGUGUGUCACCAUGCUGCUGGAGUGCGGCAUGCAGGAGGAGGGUUUAUUCAGAAUCGCUCCUUCGGCCUCCAAAUUGAAGAAGCUAAAGGCAUCAUUGGACUGCGGUGUGUUGGACGUUCAGGAGUUUUCUGCAGACCCGCACGCCAUCGCAGGCGCCUUGAAGUCGUACCUGCGUGAACUACCUGAGCCAUUAAUGACCUUUGAACUCUACAGUGACUGGAUCCAAGCCUCCAACAUCCAGGACCAGGAGAAGAGGCUUCAGGCUCUGAUGGGAGCCUGUGAGAAGUUACCUCCAGCCAACAACCACAACUUUAAGUAUUUGAUCAAAUUUCUGUCCAAACUGACUGAAUACCAGGAUGUGAACAAGAUGACUCCUGGAAACAUCGCGAUUGUCCUCGGCCCAAACCUGCUCUGGACUCACAGUGAAGGCAACAUCACAGAGAUGAUGACGACGGUUUCCCUGCAGAUCGUCGGCAUCAUCGAACCCGUCAUCCAGCACGCCGACUGGUUCUUCCCAGGAGAAAUCGAGUUCAACAUCACAGGAAACUAYGGCAGCCCCGUCCACACCAACCACAACGCCAACUACAGCUCCAUGCCGUCUCCAGACAUGGAUCAGAUGGAUCGCAAGCAGAGCGACCAGAGCCGGCGACCGCUGAGCGUCGCUACUGACAACAUGAUGCUGGAGUUCUACAAGAAGGACGGCAUAAGGAAGAUCCAAAGCACGUUGAAGAACAAGGAGCUGUCUCCGGUGAUCGGACAGAAGGGACUGCAAGGAACAGUGACCUCUAGUGGACAGUCGCAGCACUCUGAGCACAGCCCACACAGCCUGAGGAGAGCGAAGAAGCUGGCCCCGAUCCCACCUAAAGGCCCCUACUGUCAGACCGGAGCCAUGUCGGACCAGUCCACGGGUCAGCCGUCUCCGGUCAGCCUGUCGCCCACCCCUCCCAGCACCCCCUCCCCAUACGGCUUCAGCUACMCGCAGGGUUACGCCACCAUCGGCUCCCCGAGUCAGAUCCAGAUGGCAACCACCCCAUCUCUGUCCUCCCCACCCUCGCUGGCCGGGACGCUCACCAAAACCAGACCCACCCCCAAACCGCCCAGGCACAGGCCCAGCUUGCCUCCCCCGCAGCCUCCCUCCACACCCGGUACCAGUCCUCAGCCCCUGGACCUUUCAUCGGGUCUCCUGGACGGUUUGCCUCCUGGGGAAAGCAUGUCCACAGGUUCCCUCUGUAACUUGGACAUCCCCAUCAUCAACGUGGACCUGGACGGCAUCCUGGACUUUACGCACAUCUCCGCCUUCAGGAACUCAGAGGCGCAGCUGAAGUGGAACAACGGCGGGGCGGACUCGGAGGAGGAUUCUGAGAGCACGGUGUUGUGACGCCUCUAAGUUCCUGCCGUUUGAACAUCCAACGCUCAUCCUUCAGCCUCAACGCCCCGCUCUGGAUCACCUCAAUAAACUCCACCCGAUCCAGACGGGCCGACAUGCGCAAACAAGCACCUCUAAUAAAAAAAAAUAAUAUAUAUAUAUAUAUAAAACGAAUGAACAAACGAGGGGAGAGUUAUCAUUAUAUGUGCAACUUUUAUUUCUGCAUUAGCUGGAACGUUUAAUUCUUUAUUAUUAUUAUUUUUGCCUUAUUUGAUUCACAUGCAAUAUAGCCUUUAAUGUCAGACGUGGGACUGGACCGGCCCGGAGGAAUAAGAGUUCUGAACUGAAGAAGAACCAACAGAAUGACCCAUCUGUCCUGUCAAGUCUAAUUUUCUCACUGCUUUCCUCCCAUCAGGAGUUCCUCCUUCAYUCCUCAGGGGUGUCAGUUUUCGAAACACCUCGCUCCGGUUCACGGCGGCCCCGAGUUUCUGUCCAGCCUGAGCGUUCACUGUGAGUGUGCCAGUAUUUUUUGGAAAGCGUGCAUUUUUAAAACCGUGCGGUGUCUCGAUUUAUGUGAUAAUUGUACUAAAUGAUGUUGCACUGUCGGUGUCGUGGAGCAAAAAAAGAGCAGGAAUGCAUUGUUUUAGACGUGGAGGAGAUUAACUUUUAAGGUUAUAAAGAGGUUAAAAAUUUAAACACACCUUUCUCUAAAACUACAUUCAGUCAGGAUAUCAGCCACUGGAUAUUUAUUGUUUUAUACUGUACAUUUUCAGAUUAAUGAUAUAAAUCAAAUCAUAUUUUGUACACAGAGGAGGAGAUUUUCUUGUUGAUGCUGUCAGGGAGAUAUAAAUAAACGAGAUGCACGCUGUAGUUUAUGAAAGAUCCGUGCAGUUAAUCAUUAUUUUUGACAGCAAAGAGGGAUUUUUCUGUUUCGAAACUGCUGAGAGAAUACGAAUGUACAGGUUUGGUGAUGUGAAGCCUGGAAAACAAAACUGCAACAACUUAAAUACUAAAAUGUUGACACUCCUGGCCCAAAUGAGGCAAACUUGUACAAACAUAUUAAGAAUCAUCGUAGGUAAAACUUUCCUUUUUUUGGGCAGCUGACAAAAAAAUAAAUAAAAAACAAAAAAGUGCUGCGUUUGAAUAAAUAAGCACGUUGUUGAUGACAGUGCCAUUUUUAGUUUCCAGCCAACUCUGGCCCGGAUUCACCAAAAGACUGCGAGGAUUUUAAGACGUGUGCCUCAAACUGUGCUACCACCAUCUCUCCUCACCAUCGAAGUUUUUCCACGUUAAUGAGAUAUUAUGCAUUCAUUAGGAAAUAACCAGGACUAAAACCCUGCCAUUCUAGGUUGCGACGCACAGUUAGCGCGUUGAAAAGAAGGCGUGUCAGGGUUGCUAAAAAGAUCAAAAAAACCAUCACAGCUGGACAUUUCAGAUAUCUCUCCUGUUGGAAAAAGAGGGAGGAGCAAGUCCAGAUAGAUGUUUUUUUAUUAUUUAAGUGAAAAUAAGAGAAUAGAACAAUGAUCAAAAUGUCACAUAUUGAUGCAGAAAUCCAUCCUCUGAGCUCAACRUGAGCAAACAUUUUUCUCUUUCUCCAUUUUGUUCCUGCUUAUUUAUUAUUCAAAUUUAAACAGCGCUGACAAAUCAGUGUGUAAAAUAACGCAGAAGGAAUUGRGUAAAAAACCAGGCGCUGUGCAUGUUUAGUGAAUCCGGGCCUUUGUUUUGUGAUGCUGACUUGUUUUUGUUGUUGUUUUUGAUUUUAUACCAGUGGUACUAGAAGCAGGUGCAAAUAUACAGUAUGUGUAUAUUGGUUUAUUUUGAUGAGAGUAUUUAUAUAGAUAUAUUUCUGAGUAGUCAGAGUCGUGAUUGUUUCCACACAAAUAUUGUCUUGAAGAUUUAAASAAAAGAAAAAAAAGUAUUCAGAGACCACGUCUUUCUGAUGCCACGUUAAAACAGAGAAAACUUGAAAAUAUUAAGGUUUACGUCUGACAGCAGCAGUUUAUUUGCCUUGUGCAUGGUUGGGACGGGACCGAUCCAAACCUGUAGGACCUUUCUUUUCCCCUCUCUCUCUCUUCAGUCCUGAUCCACUGUGCUGCUCUGCCRUCGUCUCUCUGUAAGUGCGAUAUCGCUCACAGGACUUUUGUAAAUCUUGAAGCCUCUGUACAUAUUUGUUCUGUAUAUAAAGACAACGGGAAGAUUUGAAUAUAUCUUAAAAUCUAUAUACAAAUACUGUAAUGAGAACUAAAUGAUCACAAACAUCCUGUACAUACAUGUUGGUGGCUGUAGCACAAUAAUGUCACGUUCACACAGAACAGCUUAGGYUCCACUUUAAAGUAGUUUACAUUAUUUUUUAAUGAAAUAGUUUAUGAACAUUGUGUUGCAGACAUCCUGACCUCUGAUUUAGUCCUGAYCCUGUUUUUAGAUUUAAGGAGUAAAAAAAGAUGCAUUUUCCCCACUGAGACGCUUGUUCAAACUGCAGCUUCAUGAGAUUUAACUGUAAACUCAAGAUUAUUUUAUACAGUUUCCGGCAUAUUUAUUAUGUCUGAAUGUGUGAAAAGACUCUGGUUAGAGUUUUUAGUUUUACACAUUUUCAUCAACUGAUAGUUAAAUUUCUGGAUGUUUGAGUGUCACACAGAUAACCGAUUCAAGGCAAAAGGAURAAAAACUAUAGUGAUUUUAAAAGAAAGUAUUAUUCUUUGUAUAUUUAGUUAAAAGGGGUGUAAUGGUACAUAUUUGCAUGCUGACAGAUAAAUUAGACACAAACUCAUCUUUAAAUAAAAACUGCUGUGACAGAAAAAGCAGAGGAACAAACUAAAGCAAAGCAAGAAUGGCUACUUUGGAUGAAACACAGAAGCUUGACGAAUUGCCUGUUUGUUUCAAAUAGAGAU